GCAGGUUUAGUGGCUCGAACAGGUCACCUGGUUGGCAGGCAGGAGAGCAGACGGCCCCGGCCACCAGGCUCACCACCUCCUGGGCCCACUUGUGAAUAGAACAGUGCUCCUGUGUUCACUAUUGGCCAGGGUCCCCCUUCCACAUCCACUCACAGUUGGGGUUCCCCUAGGGUCCCACACCUCCUAGGGUCCCUCUGCAGCCUCCACUCACAACUAGAAGCUGAAGGACCUUGGUUCGUCCAAAUGACCUUUGAACGACCGAUUGUUCUGCUUUCUUCUGAAGACUAUAUGACACAUGAUCAGACCAAACCAGAGCUCCUGGUUUUCGGAUCUGGGGAUGAAUUCCUUAGCACAGAUGGAACCGUGAACUUCUAUGAUCCACUGCCAGGAAGGAAAUACCUCAGGCUGCUGUUCCCCCAGGGGCCUCCUGGAAAGGCCUGCCCCCAACUCCAGCGGAGGAGUCCCCUGCUUCUCUGCCUGGCCAUUGUUCACGUCCUCCGCAGCAUCCGGCACAAGGCACGCCUACCCGCCUCCGUUUGCAGACCUGAUGAUGUCUUCCUCCAAGAUACCCCGUCAGACCCAUCCCCAGUGCAGGACACGCCGUUGACUUCCAUGAGACAAACGCCUACUUGGAAAUCAGUUUUUUUUCUGUACCUUUUGACAGAGCAGGAAUUUCCCAGCAUUUCCCAGACAAAGACAGAGGCUCCUGGGGCCUACAGAAAGGAGCUGGAGGUGCCAAUGUAGGCUGGGAGGCCUCCUUUAUUGAGGUGAGAUCCCUGGAUGCUGGCGGGGGUUGGGGGGAACGCUGCCUCCCUGGAAUAGAAGAAACCUUGGCAGCCCCGGGUGCAGGCUGGCUGGCCCUGCCUGGGCUGACUCUCCACUCCAGGGCUCUGCUUGUCAGAGGAGGAAGUCAGGCCGACAUGAGCGGGGCUCGCCACCCCAGGAAUGUCAGGCGACCAUCAGGUGGUGGUCAGGCAGUUGUUAAACUGUCUCUCUGAAAUGAUCAUUGGUUGCAGCUCACGCCAGGGGAAGAGCAUCUCCCAGUAAAUAAAAAAUACCUGAAACUGGUGAUCAGGAGCUUCCCGAUAAGCUCUCGAGUUGCGCGAGUGGGCUCAAGUGUGCGCCCUAAGAGGCAAAAUGGCGGAUGUAGGAACUUCCUGUGGGGCGCUCAAUGGUGAAGAAAAACCUCCCCAAAGGAGCAUGCGUACAACCUCAGUGCGCCCGCUACACGUGCAGUCACCCUCCUGAGUGCUGACCCACACUGCUAGGUGGGGCUGUUGAGCCAUAGCCCGCCCCAAGGGAAGAACUGAAGGAGGAGAAGAAAAAAACCCCAGAACCCUGCCAAUGGAUAAUCCCCACGCCCAGGGCUGAGCGGGCACUUGGAUCGCUCACGUGGCGCACUCAGCCCUCUUCCAAGGCUGCUCUAAAACUUUUUCAGGAAAGGAAAGGCUUCCUUUCACUCCUGCUCUAAAACUUUUUCAUAAAUUCUCACUCCUGUUGUAAAACGUGCCUCAAUCUCUCCCUCUGCCUUAAACCUACUUCUGCCCGGAAUUCUUUCCUCUGAGGAGGCAAGGAUGGAGUUGCUGCAGACCCGUGCGGAUUUGCUGCUGGUAAGAUACUUGUGGGCAAAGCCUGAAAAACCUCUUCCUGCCCUGGGCAAGGCAGAUGGGGGGCACCAGGCUGGCUUUACCCACCGUCUCCGAUAUCAUCCAACACAGUCAGCCAGGUUGUGUGGUCCUCUCAUCUACACUCUCAUUUGCCAACAAGAUGGUGUGGGCUAUGCUGUCUUUGCACAGCAAUCUGAUCCCAGGGACAUUUGUGUGGGUGUGUGUCCGGGAGCUGCAUGUCUGCAGGUUCAGAUAGCCGUCAGCUUUACUGGAGAGCGAGGCUUCCUGCCAUGGCACCACAGAAGAAGGCUGGCGGAUUGGUCCCAUUGCCUCUCAUAGCUCUGUAGGGACACAGUGGGCCAUGUGGACUGACAGCUGGACGCUUCAUAAAGAUGGCCUGGAAAAUUAAGACACAGUCCUGUUGACAAAGCCCCUAGGCCUGCCCCCAUCAGGCCUCAUGGGUCCUCUUCAAGCCUAAACCAAGGUUCUGAAAUCAUCUGUAAUUUGAAUUUGUAUUUCUAGGACACAUUCACUGCAUCCUUUCCAUCAAUAUUUAAUUUUGAGAGUUUUGUCAUUCCUGGGCGUUCCAUUAUGAGGACUGCCAAGGGACGUAAUGCCAUGGGAGGAAAUUUUUUUCUAAGCUGCAAGCCAGCUCUGGCUUCUGUAGUUUCUCCUUAGGAUUGCAAGACAGUAGUCCCCUGUCCUUUAGGUCUUCUCCAGAAAUAUCUUAAAAUAGCAAAUAAAAUAAGAUAUAAGCAAA